AUGAGAUACGUGGAUUUCAUAUACGUUCUGGCAAUCCGCAUGAGACAAAACGACUUUGGUGUGACUGGAAUGCAUACGCAACUGCAUCCUCUUCCGUCUGAUCCUGAGAAGUACAAGGCCCACAACAUUGAGACAUACAUUCGGACACUCGCCAAAGUUGUGCCCAAGCAUAAACUGCUUGCUGUCUUGGCGUUCGAGGGAACAGCGUUUCGGUUGGCAUCAAGCGACAAGCCCGGAUUUUACGAUCCAUCUCAACCGGGGUUGUCUGCCGUAUACAAGGGCCAGUACACAAAAAAUCCCCAAGCCAUCGGCUAUUUUGAGUUUUGCAGACUCUACGACUAUCACACGUGGCAUCACGAUUGGAACGAAACGUUCAUCUCCACUUACGUAUACUCCGACAAGGACUGGAUAUCGUAUGAUGAUGGGCGGAGCGUCAGUGCAAGGCACACGUCGACGUCGAAAGAAAAGCAAGAAAAUUUCGUCUAG